ACAAAUAAAUGCAUAUUUGAGCUUCCCAUUGGAAUGCAUGCGAUUACUUUUAUAUCAACUCACACAACUAAUUUGUGCAGUCCUAAUUUUGUAAGAAAUUGCAAUUGUUUCCAGUGUGAUCCCAAUAAAUAGAAAUUGCAAAUGUCUUCCGACCCAAUUUCCACACAGCCAUGUUCCCAACAACCACUCCAGUUACUUAAUCGUAUCUGCGAACCCCCAUACCUUCACCGCCUAUUGGGUCAAUUGGGCUCAUUUUAUAUUAAACGAUCCGGGCACGCCACGAGUUACGCGUGUGGCGAGGACAAACAAAAAAUAUUCUCCUACAGUGAGAAGGUCCAUAUAAAUCGAGUGCACGCCCUGUCAGCCACGAUGAUGUUCACGAACAACGAUGGGAUCGAAUUUAUCACAAUGACCUAUGACUUUGCGGUAAACACAAAAAUUGUGUACUUCAUUUUUAUACGAGGUAUAAACUACCAAUUGCAGGGCGGAAAAAUUCGGACUGUGGACGCUCACCUUGGAGUGCUAAAUCCGGCAGGUUGCUGCGAGGCGGGGCCCUUUAUCACAACAGGGGCAGGGUGUGGCUGUUGUGGCAGACAAACUUUUGUCGCGAUCCCUACACGGGGUGGGAUAGUGACGAUGAAACCGAGAAAAGUUGGUUGCCGGGGGUGCUGUUUGUUUGCGUGUUGUUGUAGUGGGUCGCCCUCUUACGAUAUAUUAGUUAAUGGGGACAAGGUGGGUUCGCUGAGUCGUGAUGGCGGAGAUGAUGCGCUUCGCGUCACAUUCCCACCCAGUGAAACUUCCGAAUUGAAAGGGAUCAUCGUCGUGUUAUCGUUCACUGUGUUCAAUCUCUAUUGGUAGAAGGACGACGCUACACACACAGGAGCUGGAUUAGUCGAACUCUACAUCUCGACAAGAUUCAACAAGAAGAAAAAACUAUCAACUGUCAAAAAAUUAUCAAAUUUGGGUAAUGAUGAAUCUGUUAAUAUAUUCAACUCGGAGAUGUUGUCACAAUACAAUAAAUUUAGUAAAAUCUA